AGGAACACAGACAUUUAUUAAUUAGUUAUCAGAUCACAUCCAUCUCAAGAAGAACCAAAGUUAAGCGCUUAUCUUUAACACAUUUUCAAGAGUCUGAAUCUAACUUAUAAGCAGUUUUGAAUUUUGUCAGUGUGACACAAUUAUAAACUAGAAUUGCCGUCUCAUGGUUGUAUGCCUCCGUGCAUCAGUCAAGUUUCUCUUACAAUUUACAUCCAUGUCUGUAAAAACAUGGAUGCUUCACACACAUCUUGCUCCAGACAGCACAGAGGAUCAAUACAAUCAGCACAGUUUCUGGGUGGAAACCCAAUAUGAGAGUCACCCAUUCAGUAGCCCCUUUUACACUGCCAGAUUUUCCGCAAAUGUUUGGCUGUUAUGCCGGCAAGCUGCGAGCGUUUAGACACACAGAGCCGGAUUGGCGAGUUGAUCCGAAGUGUCCAAUUUUCCGCCUCGUAGGGUAGUCAUAUUGGCAGAACCCUUUUAGUUUAAACAGGCCUCUGUGUUGCCUUCCGCAACGGGAGGGGCUGUUGAUGACUUGUGGGAGGAGCUGUUGAUGACGCUGCACCCGCACGUGCGACCCACUGGCGGUGGAUAAACAGGAAACAGCUGAUAGCAGGAAUUAGCGAGCAGCUAGUAGCAAGAGGGAAACACAAACCUGACAGACACUGUAAAGAUGAGCAACUGGGGAGACAAGGAAUUGCGUGCCCUCCUUGUCCUCGCAAACGAAGAGGCCAUUAACCUUCAGAUAACGUGAAUGGUGAAGACGGGCCGACUUAUGAGAGAGUCGCUGAAGGACUGACCAGCCACGGCUUCCCUCCCAUGUCAUAGUUUACGUCACACGCUAAGCUACACGUUUUGUUACUUGCUCACGCCCCCCACUGCCCCAAAAAAGGCGCAUUCUGUAUAAACAAAAGUAGGUAGGCGGCAAUUUGCCAAUCUGCCCAAAUGUCUCCUCUUCUGUUCCUACGAUAUGACGUCAAAUAAUGGCCAGAAAAAUCAGAACAUCAUGAUGUCACAGUGAAGCUGACUUUUUGGAUGUAAAAUGUCAUCACUUCAUCAUUUUAUCCUAUUAGACAGUUGUGUUACGUUUUGUCAUAAUUAGCAUAUGGCCCCCUCCUCCCCCACCACUACUCUCACUAUCCAGGAGAGGGAUGUCAACAGGCUCCUUAAGAGGACCCCUACAAAGUAGCCGGACCAGACUCUGUCUCUCCCUCCACCUUGAAGCAUUGCGCCGACCCGCUGUCUCCGGUGUUCAUCCACAUCUUCAACACCUCACUGGAGACAUGCCAUGUGCCAACCUGCUUCAAGACCUCCACCAUCAUUCCCAUCCCCAAAAAGCCAAGGACCACAGGACUUAUUGACUACAGACUCAUCGCCCUGACCUCUGUGGCAAGGAAGUCCUUUGAGCGUCUUGUGCUGUCACACCUCAAGGCCAUCAUUGACCCUCUCCUGGACCCCCUGCAGUUCGCCUACAGAGCCAACAGGUCUGUAGACGACGCUGUCAACAUGGCCCUCCAAUUCACCCUCCAGCAUCUGGACUCCCCAGGAACCUACACUAGGAUCCUGCUUGUGGACUUCAGCUCUGCCUUCAAUACAAUCAUCCCGGCUCUGCUACAGGACAAGCUCUCCCAGCUGAGUGUGCCUGGCUCCACCUGCAGGUGGAUCAAUUACUUCCUGUCUGACAGGAGGCAGCACGUGAAGCUGGGGAGACAUGUCUCUCACACCCGGACUAUCAACACUGGAUCCCCCCAAGGCUGUGUCCUUUCUUCUUGUUCUUCUCCCUGUACACCAACAGCUGCACCUCCAGUCAUCAGUCCGUCAAGCUCCUGAAGUUCACAGACGACACCACCCUCAUUGGACUCAUCUCUGACGGCGAUGAGUCCGUCUACACGUGGGAGAUUGACCAGCUGGUGACCUGGUGAACAACCUGGAGCUCAACGCUCUUAAGACAGUGGAGAUGGUUGUAGACUUCAGGAAGAACCCAGCCCCGCCCACCCCCAUCACCCUGUAUGACUCCCCAGUCGACUAGAGAUGCAAAUCUUGCGGAUAUAUCAGUGACAUCCGCGGAUAUCCGCAAUCCGCGGGUGGGUGGGCCAAUAAAAAUUAACAUUGUAAUUAAUUUCGGGUGGAUUGCAGGUGGAUUUGUCAGUUAUGUUCGUAUUUAAUAACCUUUAUUUAUAGUACUUUUCCAAAAAAAUAAAUAAAUAAAAUAAAAUUUAUAUUUAUUUUCCGUCUGGCGCAAAAUGACCAACUACUGUAGAUGUCAGACCGUUGGCAAUGCCCUGUGUAUCCAUGGCAACGCCCCACAUGAGGGUUCCUGAAUCAAACCAGCGUCAAACCUCCUUGCCAUGGAUGCCAAAACAGUGAGAGAGAAAUUAAAAUCAGGAGAACUUAAAACUAAAACAAAGGAAGGGAAAAGUUCCGUUUGGGAGCGCUUCCAUGUCAUCGUUAGCAACACUGACUAAGAAACUGAGGCCGGGUUUGCCAUUUGCAACAGCUGCAGUACCGUGUAUGUCUACGAAAGACACAAAACUGGCACCUCAAACUUGAUGCACCACAACUGCGAGAAAGCGCAAGACAUGCCAGCAGCUCAAUCAAAUACCCUCGACCACUUCGUCAAACGAGAUGCUGCGAAAAAGAAAAUUAAAUCCAAGCUUUAACUGUAUGUAUCCUGUCCCUCGGCAGAGACUUGGAAGAUUUAAAAAAGAGAGAUGUUAGACUUCUCUGGCACUCAGUCACUCUCUCCGAAUAUUGGAGGAAUAAGCGAAUCCCUCGCGGGCUUUGCUUGAAGAAAACUCCCUCAUUUGGCCUGGAUGAUAUGGAGUUUAUGCACAAAUGGGAGCAGAUAUUAAAUAAAUGUUCUCUCGACAGAAAAGACAGCUGCUCUUAUCAACGAGCUGGAAUCAAAGUUCACAGCACAAGAGGACACAGAAACUUUCAAAACCAUCACUGAGAAAAUCUCAACCUCCCUCAUAUCCUUCCAAAAAGAUUUACAAAGUUACAAACUGAAGAAAUAUGAGAGGGACACGAAGGAUUAUGCUGCUGAGAAAGUUUAUGAAUGGAAAGACGAGAGGAAACACCUUCGAAAACCCCGCCCAGCCCGACAUCCACCAACCUAGGCAAGGCUCUUUAAUUACAGCCUGUAAUAAGAAAAACAAAAAGACAAACUAUAAGAAAAAUCUAUCAGAGGCUGAAAUCAAAUGUCUCAAUGAAAUUGAAAAAAGAAAUGACAUUAUCAUUCGUUCUGCUGAUAAGGAGGCUCCAUCGUAGUCAUGAGUCUGGAACAAUAUGAUCAAAGCAUUAGAUCACAACUCACAGAGGAUAAGUGUUAUACUUUGCUUGAUCGUAAUCCAAUGAAUGAAUAUAAAGCUGAAAUUGAUCAGAUUCUGCAUUCAGGACUUUCCAGAGGCUGGAUUACAGAACAAGAAAAAUAAUUUUUGUCUGUGCAACACCCCAUAUGCCCAGUCUUUUACGGCCUUCCAAAAAUCCACAAAGCAUUUAAUAAUCCGCCUCUCAGACCCAUAGUAUCCAGCAUUGGCUGUCUCACAGAACCUUUAUCACAGUAUCUGGACUUUUUCCUAAAAAAGAUGGUUGUCAAACUCCCCUCCUAUCUUGGUGAUACGACAGACGUUUUGAACCUUGUGAACGGUUUUGUGACUGAAAAAGACUUUAUUUUAGUCACCUGCGACAUCCAAAGCCUCUACACAUGCAUCCCACAUCACGCAGGCAUUGAGGCGUUAAACCACUAUCUGAACACACGCCCUCCUGACGUGCUUCCACCAAACGUUUUUUUAAAAACCCUUACUGAAAUAAUCCUGUCAAAAAACUAUUUCCAAUACGCAGGAUCUUACUUUCUGCAAAAACAAAGGGUGAGCAUGGGGAGUUUGUUUGCACCAUCAUAUGCAUGUCUCGUUAUGGGGUUCUGGGAGGAAGAAUUCAUUCAUAACUCCAUGACAAACCCUUUUGUGUCCAAGAUCGCAUUGUGGAAAAGAUACAUUGAUGAUAUCUUUUUUAUAUGGACUGGUACUACUGACGAACUAAUUGAGUUUGUGGGCUACAUUAAUUCCACCACACAGUACCUGAGAUUCACAGUUGAGCAGUCUAAUGAGAGAGUGAACUUUUUGGACCUCACAAUCUAUAAAAAGAUGAGAGGGGGUUUGGACAGCACUAUUUACCAGAAACCAUUAAGCAGGAACACACUUCUCAGAGCCGACAGUCACCAUCCAAAACAACUCAUCAAAAACAUCCCAACAGGACAAUUUCUUCAUCUAAAAAGAAACUGCAGUACAGACGAGGAAUUUGAACUGAAAGCAGAUGAGAUGACUGAGAGCUUCCGCAGCAAAGGCUAUAAGGAGCACGACAUACGGGCAGCGUAUCAGCGGGCGAGACGCACGGACAGAGCCCGCCUCCUCCAAAAGACUCAGCGCCCCUCCACAACACCCCGCCUCUAUUUCUCCACAGAAUUCUCCCCAAUCGCAGGGGACAUAAAAAACAUUAUUAAGAAACACUGGCACAUUUUACAAAGUGACCCAGCCCUAACACAAAUAUGUGCUCAACCCCCUCUGAUCUCUUUCCAUAAAGCCAGAUCCCUUAAAGACAGACUGGUACACUCUGCAAUGAGUGCACCUCAAAGAUCUACCUGGUUGCCUGCUCCACCUACUGGCUUCUACAGGUGUGGCCACUGCUCUCACUGCUCUAACUCAUCUGACAGCAAACAAUUCUGUCAUCCACACUCUGGCAAAAAAUAAAACAUCAAUUCAUUUAUAAACUGUAGUACCACACAUGUAAUUUACAUAUUGAAAUGUCCAUGCGGAUUGGUUUAUGUUGGUCAGACAAAACGCCCCCUCAAAGCUCGUAUUGCCGAACAUAAAGCUGCCAUCCGAAAUCAGAAUAUGGACUAUGCCAUUGCAAGACACUAUGUAAAGGCAAACCAUGGUUCUGCGGCAACACUGCGAUUUUGGGGCAUUAAAAAAAUCUCCCCAUCCCAGAGAGGGGGAGACAUGGUAAAAAAAUUGCUUAAAAGAGAGGCUUGGUGGAUAUACAUCCUCAAAACAGUUGAACCACAUGGACUGAAUGAGGAACUUAACCUCUCCUGCUUCCUGUAAUGCAAUGUUAAGAUUGUAUAUAUUGUAUAUAUUUGGAUGUGAUUGUUUUUACUGCACUGGUGGUGUAUUCUGGUAUUGACUAGCUGUGUGAGUGCUGUCACAGUACUACUGGCUAAUUGUUUGGUUACUCCCACUCUCUGUAAACCAAUGAGAAGAGUCUCUAUGUGACUUGGAGGAUAUUUAAACCUUCUUACCUGGUACUUGUACUGUUUGACUCUGAUGAAGACGCAGUUGGCGUCAAAACGUUAGUCACAAAUAAAUUUAUCACAAGUGAUCUGAGUGCUCCAGUGCUUUUCUUGUGGAUUCUUCCACGGGGUAAUUUCGAUUUAAAUCCAAGCUUGUUGACAACUGUGUGAGCCUGUGUUGCCUGGAUAUUAGGCCAUUUGAUAUUGUCUCCAGGAAAGGAGAGGAUAACAUCGGAGCUAAAUACGGGUCUGUGAAGGCUGAAGCCAUCUUACCUCACCGGCAAACAGUGUGCAACAGGGCAAAGCAGCAGGCUGCUGAAGAAAAGGGGAAGCUAGCCAAAGUGAUCCAGAAAGCCAACGAAAAGCCAGGAAUCUCCGUUACCACCGACAUGUGGGCCGAUGAGUUUAACCAGAGGCAGUGGCAGCUGGAGAGUCGCAUCAUGGCUACUGUGGAAUUCGACUGUAAUCUAAAAAACAAAAAAACAAAAAAAAAAAACGGAGAAAAUAUCCACGAGCAAAUCACGGUAGAGUUGGGGAAAUAUGGAUUACAAGCUGCAAAGAUCGUCUUUGUCAGUGAUAGUGGCUCUAAUAUCAAGGCAGCACUCGCUGCGCACACAUACUGAACACCGUGUUAAGACACACGUUCAGUGAGAGAAAUGCACCAGAAAAAAUCAGCAAUGUGUUGGUAAUGUUAACCACCUGCAAAAGCCUUGUAACCUAUCUGAAGAGAACGGGGUGGUUGCGAGUUUGGAGCACACAGUGAUGCAGGAGUGUGAAGUGCGCUGGAAUAGCAAAGUCAAAAUGCUGGAAUCUGUCCUGCAACAGUACACACUGAUCCGACAGCUCCUGGAAGACAAAGAUCAACUGCACCCGAUGGAGAGCAUCCACCAAGACCAGCUGAAGCACUUGAUCGGGUUCCUUACUCUCUUCAAACUAGCCAUUACCGAGCUGGAAGGAGAGAAAUACCCAACCAUUGUAGUGUAAAAGUCAAAACCCUUAUCAGGUGUUAGACCACAUAAGUUGGGUAAGAUACAAAUAGUUAUAUAACCAUGUUAGUGUGUAGACUUCUACAAAAAACUAAUACUGCAUUUAUACAUAAUAUGCAAUGUAACUGUGUGAACUCUUAGUGACAUCUCAGUUGUGAACUCUUAUUGACUCAUAUGCGCGCUGUGUAAUGAUAUAAUGCACCAACCUACACUCACAUGAUGUUGUGAACUUACAGUGACACUCAUACAAGUUACCACGUGCUGUGUGAAAGAAGAUAGAACACUCACUUGAUUGUACUGCCUAAUGCACUUAAGAAUUAUAUUACACUCACUUGAUUGUACGGCCUAAAGCACUUAAGAGUUAUAUUACACAAGAAAGGUCACACACACACACACUCAAAUGAUUGUAUUACUUGAUAUACAUGUAAUGAGUCAUAUUACACGGAAGCACGAGGGACUGUAGCAUGAGAGUCCCCAGAGAUCACAUGUUUUUAAAAAAUAGAGUGAGAGCGAUUCCGGAAAUACUGGUGGCAGAUUCCAGUUUGAGCCAGAACAGAGGCAAAGUCUGCUACCAGUAAAAACGGAUCGAAAUGGGAAGGACUACAGAAAUGGGUGGAGAUCUCUUCGACCUCCACCAGCAUAUAAGCCAGAGCACCGAAAGCAGAAGUCAGUCGUCCUCCGGAGGCUGACUCAUGAGUUUGUCUGUGUUGUUGCCUGUGAACACAAUAAACUCGAUUGCAUCAGAUUCUGCCUAUCUCCAGUGCUUUUUUAAGUACCUGCCAGCCGAACCUAAGAUACUGAAUUGACAACAGAAGACUUUUUAGAAGAGACAAGGAGGACAGGAUCGGGAGCCGCCAUGCCCAUUUCCAGGCACCGAUUUUUGUCACUUCACCAUCCACCUGGUGAUGCUCUGGUUCUUCAAACUCAAGAAACACUGUGAGCCCAAGUUUGGAGACCCACCAUACAUCCGUGCCCUGCGUAUCCGUGCAUCCAGCCUGCUUGAUGAGAAGCUAAUCCUCACUCCGACUCACAAGAUCGCCACCUUUCUCUGUCCCAGAUUUAAGUCGCUGAAAAUGUUGACCCCAGGAGACAGACAGGAGGUGAUGAGGAAUGUCUGCUCACUUGUCACUGACAGCCAUGAUGACAGAGAGGGACCAGAAGAAGGCACCACAAUCACCGAGGAGCCAGAUGGACACGGCGACGGCAGCGGACAAAUAAAGAAGCAGAAGACUGAUUACUUCGCCGAAUGGCAAGACAAGCCCAACACGGCGAAUGAAUUGGAUGAAUACUGUUCUGUGAGCAUUCCAUUUGAGGGGGAAGAUCUGCUGUCCUUCUGGGAGAAACAGGGACACUCAUUCCGUCGACUGCGGUCCAUUGCCAGAAGAAUGUUGUGAAUUCCAGCAACAAGCGGGGCGAGUGAGCGCUGUUUCAGUGCAGCAGGGCGCAUCAUUGAGGUCAGGCUAAAUUGCCUGAAUCCCGGCACCGUAGAUGCUAUCGUAUUCCUGCACGAUGCAAAGAAAGUCAGCCUAAAAACAGGCCAUUACCUUUGGUCUGUUGGUUACACUUUGGAUAAACUGGCACUCGUUUUAGUUUGAUGCUUUAGAAGCUAGGCCUACAAACCUUUUUUAUUAAGCCAGUUAUUAGGCUAUUGUUGUUUAUUUUAACCACUGAGCACCUGAACACAAUAUGCAGUAGGUUAAAAUAUUAACAUUUAUUUUUGUUGGACACUGGACACCAACCGUGAUUGAUUGUUCGGGAAGUUGCGAUGACAUUUCUUUGAUAGGCCGAUAUUUGAUUUAGCCUACCCCAUGCCAGCCUGUGUUUUGUUGGCCAUGGGCUUACUGCCUAUGUUUUAUUAGGCUACUAUAGCAUUUACGUUUUAUUAUUACCUCCGCCAAGGAGGUUAUGUUUUCGCCAAUGUUGGUCUGUUUGUCUGCAAAAUAACUCGAAAAGUUCUGAACGGAUUUUGAUGAAAUUUUCCGGAAAGGCUGAUAAUGGGACAUGGAACAGAUGAUAAUUUUGGUGGUGAUCGGUUGAAGCGAAGUGGAUAAAAUAAUAAAAUGGCGGGAAAUCCGAGCUGCUUGGCGGAGGUCUGCGCUCUCCGAGUGCUCUAGUUGUUAUUUUUAACUGCUGAACACUUGUAGUUGAAGAUAAUAUUUAGGCUAUUAUUAUUUAUUUUUUGUUCUGGCUCGGCAGUAUUUGGGAAGUUGCAAUGCCAUUUCUUUUAAGAGGCCUAUAUUUGACUGACCUCAUGCCAGCCUGUGUUUUGUUGGCCUACUGCUGUAGGGUAUGUUUUAUUAGGCUAGUUAUUUAAUAUUUUGAAGUGCCGAUAUAGGGAUGUUAAAUCACAGGUUGAUAAAACACUGCGCAAGCCUGUGUUGCCUAGUUUUCAAUUUGCCUUAUUGUGCCGAUCUUACAAAAAAAUGUUUUGUGGCGCAAUUCUGCUUAUUUUUUCAACUGAGAAAAUAAAAGAAAUGUUUGUUUGAACCAGUCUUUUCAGUAGCCUAUAAUAUAGUCUAGCCUGGCUAUACCACAGCAAUAUCAUCAGAGGAGGCCCUAUAGGCCUACAAUCGGGCGCGCCACACAUCGGAGGAAAAAAAAAUUGAUAUUUUUUUGAGUUGAUAACAAUACUGUCUGUCUGUCCUGAUCCUAUAGGUCUAUCACAGCAGAAACGGUAAGUGAAUCCCUGUUAGAGAGAUGAUGUAGUGUAGAAUAUUGGAAUAAACAGAGCAAACAAUUUGAGUGCACGAGGAUUCGGGUGUGCUCAAACGCCAUCCGUGCAUCUCUACAGUCGACACUGUGGAGUCAUUCCGCUUCCUGGGGACCACCAUCACCCAGGACCUCUAGUGGGCUUAUAAAGGAAGUAUAACAGAGGAUGUACUUCCUGCGGCAGCUGAAGAAGUUCAACCUGCCAAAGACAAUGAUGGUGCACUUCUACGCUGCCAUCAUUGAGUCCAUCCUCACCUCCUCCAUCACCAUCUGGUACACUGCUGCCACUGCCAAGGACAAAAGCAGACUGCAGCGUAUCAUUCGCUCCACUGAGGAGGUGAUUGGCUGCAAUCUGCCCUCCCUCCAGGACUCUGAGGCGUGCAGGAAAGAUUGUGGCUGAUACCUUCCACCCUGGACACAAACUCUUUGAGACCCUCCCCUCUGGCAGGAGGCUGCGGUGCAUCAGGACCAAAACCUCACGCCACAAAAACAGUUUCUUUCUAUCUGCAGCUGGCCUCAUCAACAAGACCAGAGACCCUCACCUACUCUGCCCCCAUCCCCCCUGUAACGCACAGUCGGACAUCUCUUCAUCAUCUUGGUCAUUCACCUGUCAGUCACUGCAUUCUGUUGAUUUUGCACAUCCGUACUUUGCACACAACCCUAUUCAUGUUUACAGUGUACACAUUUUUGAUAUUACUAUUAUUAUUGUUACAGGGUAUAUGCAGGAAUCCUGAAGUUAAUUUCAAUACCUUUUUAAGACUUUUUUAAGACCUUCCAAAAAUACCUUAAGACCUCACCGCCACUUCAAGCUGUCGUUAGCAGCAACGCAUCUUUAACUUACUAAACAGUUGUAGUUUGCAAUUAAAUCUAUGGAGCACAAACAUACAACAGAACUCAGAUAAGAUGAAAAGGAAUAAAGCUUGAAAGAAUAAAUUAAACCAAAGGCAGGUUUAUUAAACGCCAUUUAGCCAAUGGCUACAAUCCUACAUAUUUACAUGCAAGUGUCUAUUAAUAUGUACUGUCCCUGUUAUUUAAAAAAAAAAAAUAAAUAAAUAAAAUAAAAUAAAAUAAAAUUAAAAUACACCUUAGGUCAUAACAAAUAACACAGCUCUACAGCUCAACAUCAGCUAUUCAAGGCCAACUUGCUGAAAACAACAACCUUAUGGCUGCAUGUGGGAUUUAGGGCUGACCCAAAAAAUUCGAAGCUUCGUUCGAUGGUACGGGAUUCGAUUGUGGAAAAAAAUAAAUAAAUAAAUAAAAAAUUGAAUAUUCUGCCGUUUUUUCUCUCGUUUUUUGGGGGGGGACCUUGAACGCAACACUAAUCAUGCCGUCCGUUUACGGUUGUGUUUUUCCCCUUUAGCCAUAUGUAAACUCAAAGAACGAGAAGCAAUGUCUGUUAGGCAUGUAAGAUUUCAUGUUCCAGUUCCAGUUUGUGUUUUUAAUUGAUUGAUUGUUUUUGGUUGGUUGACAAAUAAAGGCCGGCCCCAUUAGGCCGAGUAAAGAA